CCUUCUCACAUUUGGUUUCCUGUUGCUUCAAGCUUUCUUUUGUUCAUUCCUCAACAAGAACUUCCCACCGAAAAAGAAAAAAGAAAGAAAGAAAGAAUGGGAAGGGCUUCAGCUAAAGAUUCCUCACCUUCCUCGUCUUCGUCGUCGUCUUCACCCUCUUUAGUUGAUAACAGCAAGCACAAGAACCAUCCACGAACCUCUCUCUCCUUUGCUUCUUCAGUAUGCCGGUAUUCCAGCUGCAACAGCGGGGGCUCAUCAUCAACGAGAGCAGGAAGAACAAGGAGAGGUGAUCUCAACACUGAUCUGAGGCUUGGACUCAGCAUAGUCUCUCCUGAUGCCCAGAAAGAUAAUUGGAUUGGCCCUCCGGUUUCGAAGCAGAGGGAACAAAGACAAGACUGGCCACCCAUCAAGUCCCUCCUGAGAACCACACUUGCUGUAGCAGGCAAAGCUGAUGCCAAUGUUCAUAAUGUACAUAAUAAUGACAACAGCGAUAGGACGAGGACUUCCUUGUUUGUCAAGGUGUACAUGGAAGGUGUCCCAAUUGGAAGAAAGCUCGACCUGCUAACUCUUCACAAUUAUGAUGAUCUCAUAUCAACUCUUGCUCACAUGUUCACAACCUCAAUUACUUGUCCUAACGGAGAUAGAGCUGAUCAUGCGAAAAGUCUCCAUGUUUUGACCUAUGAAGACAGAGAAGGAGAUUGGAUGAUGGUCGGAGAUGUUCCGUGGGAAAUGUUCAUGACCACCGUCAAGAGAUUGAAGAUAACGAGAGCCGACAGAUGUUAGCAUUCAGGACAAUUUUUCCAUUUUCCAGAUUAUCUUCUUACUGAAGAGAGAAGACCAAUCAUAGAGAUGUACAGUCUCAUGUCAAAUUGAUGAUGAUGACGACGACAUGGGUUAUUAUGCACAGUCCUAAAACUGCUGAGUCAGUUUACAGUUUUUGCAACUUGGUGAAAAUCAUUACACUACACAUUGACAGACAACAGUAAAAAUGUGGAAAGAAUUUGAAGGACAUCUGGAGAUUUCGAGUGCUUUUGAUUGCUGGGUACUUUGUUCUUGAACUUUCAUCCUUUUCUUCUUUUUCACUUAUCCACCAUUUCGUUGUG